UCYAUAAUCAAUGACAAGAGGUAUUAAACUAUUAACUAAUAACUAUUUUUUAUGGUAAAAUUUACUGAUGUUUUUUGGUUAAUUCUAUAGCAACUGCCUAGUGCCUACUAGCAAUUUAUAAGUAACUCGAAUAAGUGUCUCUAAGUAGUGACUAAACAUAUUUUACCUGAAUUGGAGUCAAUCCUGUUUUAUAUUUCCUUUCAAAAAUUCAUUCCCCCUACCUUCUAUUAAUAAUGUCGAAAGUGUCUUUUUCGACGUUGGCGUAUUGUAAAAUGGUCGCACAUGCCGCCAAAUAUCCUCACUGUGAAGUAAAUGGAUUACUGGUCGCUGAGAACUCUUCAAAGGGCGAUAAGUUGGUUAUAGUGGACACUKUUCCAUUGUUCCAUCAGUGUCUCCAUGUGUCACCGAUGUCAGAGAUCGCCUUGAUGCAAAUCGAUCAAUCAGCUAGUACAUGCAAUAUGUACAUCGCUGGCUAUUAUCUAGCUAAUGAAACGCUGGAUGACUUAAGUUAUGAUAGACCAGCCCAUAAGAUUAUAGAUAAGAUUGUUGAACAUGAAGCAGAUGUCUGCAUGGUUGUGAUCAAUAAUCGAUUAAUGGAGUUAAAUCAAAAAGAAAGUGCACUGUUAGUGCACACACAAGAUGAUGGAAAAUGGAAACGCCUGAAUAAUUCUAACGUACAAAUAGAAAAUGUAACAUUAGCAGCUGCAUCAGCUGUAUUACAACAACAAUUGUAUAAUAAUUUGGUAGACUUUGACAAUCAUUUGGAUAAUUUGUCAUUAGACUGGCUCAAUACAGAAUUUUCUAACUGCGUGGAAAGAACAUCUGGACAUGACAUGGGAAAAAGGCUGAUGAUUAAUAAAUCAGUUUCUUGACAAUUGGAAUGGGAUGAGGGAAUGAAACAAAUUAAAUUUUGAUUCAUUAUUAUUAUUUUAGAUUAGCAUUAAGAAUUGUUUUUUAGUUCAAUUAUCAAGUAUCAGUCAUUUUCUUGUUUUCAUACUAUUAUUUAUUAUUUCUAAAGGAAAUGAUGAUAGUUUAAAUAUAUCUAGUUAAAGAAAAACAUUAAAUUAAUUAUUUGAUAAUUUCUAAAAAUAAAUUGUUCCACAACAUCUUGAAAUUUAUGCCAUUAUUUCUUUCUAAAUGUUGUUUUAUUAUGCUUAAGGUACUAAUGGUAUUUUUAUGUU